AUGAUCAAAGGCUUGGCUUCUCAUUGGGCCUUUAACUGUCGCUACAUCAUGGCCAUCUCCUGGCAUGACGGUAGCGGUGGCCGCGAGGACCUUGAGUCUCACGAAGCCGAAGUUCACGGGAUGGAUAGCAAAACCCGUGCUCCAUUUCUCAAUCCCAAGAGCCUCAAAAAGUUAUUCCGUCGCAACGCUUACCCAGAAUAG